GGUUCCAGGAAAUCGUAGCAGAGUGAGAGCUCUGUCCGCGUCCCGCCCUGCUCGGUGCUCCAGGUGAGGCGGCUGCUGGACGGACUCAGGAAUGCGACCAACCCAGAACAUGGACUGAGUGACGCGCGCAGCAGCUGGCCGAGGUUUGAUUCUCUGACAGCCCGGCGGACUCUCACUCAUCCGGCCAGGUGGAGCGGCUCCACCCGCAGGACCUGCGGCUCGGCUCAGCUCGGCUCGGUUCGGCUCGGUUCGGUUCUGCUGUGGACUCUCUCUCUCCUCAAGAUGCCGGCGGACCAGAUCAGCGUGACGGACUUUGUUGCGGAGACCAAUGAGGACUACAAAGCUCCCACCACGUCCAGCUUCACCACCCGGAUGUCCCAGUGCAGGAACACGGUGGGAGCUCUGGAGGAGGCUCUGGACCUGGACAGAUCCUUCCUGUCUAAGAUCAAGAAGUCGGUGAAGGCCAUCAACCACUCCGGCCUCGGUCAUGUAGAGAACGAGGAGCAGUACGUCCAAUCCCUGGAGAAGUUCGCAGGAAACUUCCUGAACGACAUGGAAGGCGAACUCGGCGCCGCCUUCCUGAAGUUCGCCGUGUUCACCAAAGAGUUGGCGGCUCUGCUAAAGAACCUGCUGCAGAACAUGAACAACAUCAUCACAUUUCCUCUGGACAGUCUGCUGAAAGGAGACCUGAAAGGAGUGAAAGGGGACCUGAAAAAGUCAUUUGAUAAAUCCUGGAAGGAUUACGAAACAAAACUAGCAAAGAUUGAGAAGGAGAAGCGGGAACACGCCAAGCAGCAUGGCAUGAUCCGGGCCGAGAUCAGUGGAGGAGAAAUUGCAGAAGAAAUGGAGAAAGAAAGACGGAUUUUCCAGCUGCAGAUGUGUGAGUACCUGCUGAAGGUCAACGAGAUCAAGCAGAAGAAAGGCGUCGACUUCCUCCAGAACCUCAUCAAGUACUUCCACGCUCAGUGCAAUUUUUUUCAGGACGGACUGAAAACUGUGGAGAAUCUGAAACCAGCCGUGGAGAAGAUAGGCACAGAGCUGACCACGAUCAAACAGACUCAGGAUGGAGAGAGGAAGCAGCUGAGUCAGCUCCGAGACGUCCUGAAGGCGUCGCUGCACUCCGAGCAAAAGGAGGAUCUUCAGGCGAAGCAGAGCGUCGGUUACAACCUCCAUCAGCUUCAAGGAAACAAAGCUCACGGCACCAAAUACUCUGGAUUCCUCUACAAGAAAAGUGAGGGGUUGAGAAAGGUGUGGCAGAAGAGAAAAUGCUCCGUUGAUAAAGGCUUACUGACCAUCUCCCACGGCACGCCCAACAAAUCUCCAGCCAAACUCAACCUGCUCACCUGCCAGGUGAAGAUGAAUCCCGACGAGAAGAAGAGCUUCGACCUGUUCUCCCACGACAGAACGUACCACUUCCAGGCCGAAGACGAGGCGGACUGUCAGGUCUGGGUGUCGGUGCUGCAGAACAGCAAGGAGGAGGCUCUGAACAUGGCCUUCAAAGGCGACCAGAACGAAGGGGAGAACAACAUCGUGCAGGAGCUGACCAAGGCCAUCGUGGGGGAGGUGAAGCGGAUGAACGGGAACGACAGCUGCUGCGACUGCGGCGCUCCUAGUCCAACGUGGCUCUCCACCAACCUGGGCGUCCUGAUCUGCAUCGAGUGUUCAGGGAUCCACCGGGAGAUGGGCGUCCAUUACUCCCGGAUCCAGAGUCUGGAGCUGGACGUUUUGGGGACGUCUGAGCUGCUGCUGGCAAAGAAUGUGGGAAAUGCCAACUUCAACGACAUCAUGGAGGCGGAUCUGGAGGGCGUGACCAAACCGGACCCAAAGAGUGACAUGCAAAUGAGGAAGGACUACAUCACGGCGAAGUACACGGAGAAACGCUUCGCCCUGAAGUUCAGCGCCGACGCCGAGUCCAGGCUGAAGGCGAUGUACGAGGCCGUCCGGAAACGGGACAUCCUGUCGCUCAUCCAGGUCUACGCCGAGGGCGUGGACCUGAUGGAGGCGUUCCCGCAGCCCGACGAACACGAAAACGGAGAGACGGUGCUCCACCUGGCCGUCAGAGUGGUGGACAGAAACUCUCUGCACAUCGUCGACUUCCUCGCUCAGAACAGUGGCAACCUGGACAAGCAGACGGCCAGAGGAAGCACAGCGCUGCACUACUGCUGCCUGACGGGCAACAGCGAGUGUCUGAAGCUGCUGCUGAGGGGGAAAGCUACAGUUUCCAUCACAAACGAAGCAGGAGAAACGCCUCUAGACAUCGCGAAACGCCUGGGACACUCUCAGUGCAAAGAGCUGCUGACUGAGGCUCAGACCGGGAAGUUUAACGUCCAUGUUCACGUCGAGUACGAGUGGCGCCUCCAACACGAGGAGCUGGACGAGAGCGAGGACGAGUUAGAGGACAAGCCCAUCCUGAAAGCGCCGCGCCGUGAAGACCGUCCGGUCAGCUGCAUCGUUCCCGGCGCCAUGCAGUCCAACCUGGCGGCGUUGGCGCACGACAUCGCUUUCAAAGCCAAGCAAAGGCCUCCCAUCCCAAGCUCUAUGAUCAGCAAUGAGACGUACGGCACCAUGAUGGAGGGGGCCCUGCCGCCGCCGGGGCCGACCCCCCCGCUGCCUCCCAGAGGUCCGAACCGAGGACCGGGCGUCGGUAAACCGGCUGCAGUAGAAACAGUCGGAAGGCAGCGUUCAUCCUCUGACCCGUCUAACCCUCCGAACUCUGAUUCAAACUCCUCCAUGUAUGUGCUCCCAGCUGUCCCUCCUCCAGCUCCUCCUUCAGUUAGGAGAUCCAGCAGGUUCGAUGCAACAAACGCGUCAGCCAAAAACACGCCGCUGCCUCCUAUACCUCCUCCACCAGCUGGACGUCCGCCGGGACCACCGCUCACAUCGCCGCCCCACUACAAACCUCAACCUCCGACCCCGCCGCUGGACAGGCUCCAGCCCAGCAGACCUCCAGGAACCGCAACACCCAAGUUAGAGAAGCAGGCUCCUGAAAGACCUCCAAUCAGAACUGCAUCUGUGAACAAACCAGGUAUCAGGACUCCUGCAAGUCCGGCUCCUCCUACACCGAAACCCAGAACCGCCGUCUCUAAGCCAAAGCCACAGAGGGUGAAGGCCAUCUAUGACUGCUUUGCUGACAAUCCAGACGAGCUGACAUUCAACGAAGGGGAGGUGAUUGUGGUGGAGGGGGAGGAGGACCACGAGUGGUGGAUCGGUCACAUUGAAGGAGAACCGGACAGAAAGGGAGCGUUUCCUAUCACCUUUGUUCACUUUAUCACUGAGUGAUCAGUCAAGUAAAGAGUUCACAUUCUCCACCGGAGGUCCAACUGGACGAAACCAGUCAAAAACUCAAACUGGAUCAUAAACGACCCUCUGGCUUCGUGUCGGACCUGAUGUGUAAUAUCUGGAAAGGUUUACCUUACCCAACGUGCUGAACACUGCAGGACAAUUGUUUGCAUCUUUAAAUUAUGUUUGUGCCUUGUUUUUACAUUUAAAAAUGUAUUUUUAAAGAGUCCUGGGAAUAUUUUUGAAAAUGUUUAAAGUUGUGGAGCUUCAGCAUGGAGGCAGACAGACGGCAGGAGCGCUGCGUCGACACGAAUGUUCACUGUAAAUAUGGAGACUUGGGCGCAUUAUGUCUGCUAAUAUGCAACACAUCUGCAGAUAAUCCAACAAUCAAGAGUUCAGAAAAUAUAACUGUUGAUGCUCAUUAGAGCUAAAUACCAAUAGAAACACAAGUCUCCCUGUGGGUUGGAGAAUUUUUAUCAGCUCCAGGUAAAACGUUUUGGUUCAUUGCUCCAUAAUGCAAACAUUAAGGUGCCAUUCAUUGGUUAACGAUUCGCUGGUUCUGUUCGAUGGUUGGAAGACGAUCUCACACAGACCGACGAAAUGACUCUUCUUCAACAAAGUCGAUCCGUAUCUUAAUGCUUCAGGUCAAAAAGUGGAAAAGAUGUAAAAUAUUUCAACAUUUUCUCGACAGAAAAACCAGCAGUGAGAUUCAACAAUAGGGUCAAGAGGGUAAAACGGGAAACGGCUGUUAGAUUUUGUUGUUUUCUCUCUUCAAUAAAGACACUUUGAUGUAACUGGA